AGCACCAACACCAUCUAGAGCGCGCAACGUCAAACAUCCUCUUCCAGCCAUGUCCGAAGCUGUCAGAUAGGCGUUUCUGCGCUACCGGCCCGCAACGAUGAGUGAGUCUUCGCAGACGCCGGCUGAGCGCCGCUUUCUGCGGCCCAGCCUACGGUCGGCAACCAUGAUCCAACCAAAGACCGGCGAGCGAGUCCGCAAGUCGUUCACGCUCCGAAGAACAUCACGACCGUCGAACGGUCCCACCGAGUCCGUGCUUGCACCAGAGCAAUCCGAUUCGAAUCGACACUGGGAGCUGGGGAAGAUCGUAGCCGCCAGAGAGUACUGCAAGGAGAAGGCAAAAGGCGCGUAUGCGUCCGCUACCUCUCCGAUGGGCAUAAGCAUCCUAAAGUGCUCCCUGGCAUACAUCCUGGGCAGUCUGGCGACAUUCGUCCCCGGCAUAGCAGCACUGCUUGGGCGCAAUGACGGCAAGCACAUGGUCGCGACCAUAACGGUGUACUUUCAUCCAGCACGCUCGCAGGGUUCCAUGAUACAAGCUAUCCUGAUUGCCUUCGCUGCGUUCAUGUACGCGGCUACCGUCUCCUUCUCGAGCAUGGCCGUGUCGGUGUUCUUCGGUGGCCAUCAUCUGCUUGUUCUUGGGCAUGUAAUAGUGCUCCUAGUAUUCUGCGGCGCUGGUCUAGGGCUCGUUGGUUGGACAAAACAACGGCUGGGGAAUCCUCUGGUCAACGUCGGCUGCUCUUUGGCCUCCUUAGCAUUGAUCACCGUGCUCACCAAGGAAGGAGCAGUGCAGGCCGCAAUGUUCUCCUAUAACAAAGUCUGGCAGGUAUUGAAGAUGAUAAUCAUGGGAACCAUAGCAUCCGCGGCCGUCUCCCUCCUGAUCCGACCUACCUCAGCGCGAAACGAAUUUCGAGACACGUUCAUCAAAGCUACCGAUGCCAUGGGCGAGAUGCUGACGAGCAUCAGUCGCAGCUUUCUAUCAGGCGCGGAGCAAGACCUCAAGAACCCUAGUUUUAUCAAAGCCUCAAACCAAAUCAAGUCCACGUACAACACGCUCGUCAAGAAUCUCGGAGAAGCCAAGUACGAACACUACGUCCUUGGUACCGAAGAGGAGCACAAGAUCGCCUCUCACCUUGUCAAAUGCCUCGAGCAACUAAUGCAGAGUAUAGGUGGACUGCGUAGCGCUGCGGAGACUCAGUUCACGCUCCUUGCGCAGGCUGACUUGCCGACCGGAACACUGCCGACGGAGACGCCAGGAUUCAGCGCCAUCAGCUCUGCCAAUUACACAGACCUGGAGAAUUCACCCAUGAUUUCUCCUAGCCUUAGUCAUACCGAACGAAGGAGCAGCAUUCUCGCAUCCAUUGACGAGCUCCCGGAAAGCAGCUCCGCAGAAGCGUCUGACGAUGACUCUGUCAGACACCAUUCAGGUUCUUGGAGGUUGCCGCACUCAAUGCAGUCCACUCUAACCGCUGCGGACAUGUUCUCGAUCUUUAUCGCCCAACUAGGACCUCCUAUGAAAUCUCUCGCAUAUACCCUUCGCGAAGUUCUUGACGAGCUUCCAUUUGGUCCCGGUCCGGAAUAUAAUAUGGCAAUCAAUGAGCACUUUCGGCACAGCUUGGUUGAUGCCAUCGCACUAUUCGUCGAUGCCAGAAAGGAUGCUCUAGCCCUAGUCUAUAGAAAUAAGAUACCCACUAAGACAGGCUCCGUAUCUGUCGCCGCUGAUUUCGAAGAGGUAGCAGCAAGCUGUGGCUACUUCAGUUCUUCGCUGCAAGAUUUCGCUGAAGACAUGGUCACCUUCUUGGAUAUACUGGAGGACUUGAACGAUAAUGUGAAUCGACAGCCCCGCAAAAGGACCUGGAAUUGGCUGAAGAUUUGGCGCAAAUGGAGCUGGUUCCAGAAACCCCCGGGUCGAGAUGAUUCCGAACACUCCAGCCUGCUUGGAAAUGGCCGUGUUGAAGGCCUCUCCCAGGAAAUUCGCAGGCCCAUCUACAGAAUGUCAAACAGAGGCGACCCCGAAAAGCCCAUUGACCAACAACCGCUGUCAUACCGGAUGUGGAUCAAGCUUAGCAUCCUGCGAAGAGACGAUAUCCGCUACGCGGUCAAGGUCGGUAUUGGCGCUGUCCUCUACGCCAUGUGGGCCUUCUUCCCGGCCACGAGGCGAUUCUAUGGGCACUGGCGUGGCGAAUGGGGCCUAUUGUCGUACAUGUUGGUCUGCUCAAUGACUAUCGGCGCCUCCAAUACUACGGGCUUUCAGCGUUUCGCCGGUACCUGCCUCGGCGCCGUCUUUGCUAUUGUAGCAUGGAUUGUGUCCCAUGAAAACCCCUUCGUGCUGGGCUUCCUUGGCUGGCUUGUUUCGCUUCAGUGCUUCUACAUUGUCGUCGGCAAGGGGAAAGGGCCUAUGGGUCGCUUCAUUCUGUUGACCUACAACCUCUCGGCGCUAUACGCAUACUCGCUUUCGGUUAAGGAUGAGGAGGGCGAUGAUGACGAGGGCGGGAUAUCACCCGAAAUCUGGGAGAUCGUACUCCACCGUGUGGUCGCCGUGAUGGUAGGAUGCGUCUGGGGCAUCAUCGUCACGCGACUUAUCUGGCCAAUUUCCGCCCGUAAAAAGGUAAAGAAAGGAACCUCACUCCUCUGGCUCAAAAUGGGCCUGAUCUGGAAACGUGGACCUCUCCACUCGCUUCUAGAAUCGGCUACUUCAGGUCGACCUAAGUCAGGCACAUCUUACAUGACUCCUCGAGAAGAGACCGAGCUCCGCAGGUUCUUGACCCAACUCGAAUCGCUGUGCAACGCGGCGUCGUUCGAAUUCGAACUCAAGGGCCCAUUUCCGGUGAAGAGUUUUAAGAUUAUAUUGGAGGCGACGAGCCGUAUGUUGGAUAGCUUCCAUGCAAUGAACGUGGUUAUUCUGAAGGAUGUGAAGGAGAGCGAGGGAGAGAAGGAGAUAUUGAAGUACACGAAGAGGGAGUUUGUGGAAUUGAGUUGGAGAAUUAGCCAUUUAUUUUCCGUCAUGGCGUCUUCCAUGAAGCUUGAAUAUCCUCUUAACGAUGUAUUACCUAAUAUUGAGCAUACAAGGGAUCGAUUGCUGGCGAAGGUAUUCGAGUUUCGGAGAACGGGGCUAGGAAAGAUAAUCGCCACGGAUGAGGACUACGAGUUGCUGUAUGCUUACGCUCUGGUGACUGCACAGCUGGCGCAGGAUCUUACCAUCAUCGGCCAGGAGAUCGAGAAACUAUACGGUGUAUUGAGCGAGGACGACCUAAAGCUACAAUAGAGAACAUAGAUAUAUGGAAUCAUCUUGCAUAC